AUGAACAAGUUACUGAAGUCGGAUCCAACUGAGGGCCUGGCGCCGGCGCGCCAGCUGCGGUGCGCGCAGUGCGGCCGCCACUUCACAGCCGUCUCUUCCUACUACCACCACAUGGCCAUGCACCGCGGCGAGACCACCUGCCCCGUCUGCGCCAAGGUGCUCAGCCACAAGGGCAACCUCAAGCACCACAUUCGCACCGUGCACGGGGCGUGGCCGCCGUUCGAAGCCAAGUGCGAGGAAUGUGGCAGGGUGUUCCACGCGCCGUCCACCUUCCGCGGCCACAAGGCCGUCCACCGAGGCGAGACCGUCUGCCGACUCUGUCUGAAGGUCCUCAGUCACAAGGGCCACCUGAAGAAACACAUGGCCGUCGUCCACGGCGUGCGGAUGCUGCGGUCCGAGGGCCUGGCGCACCGGUGUCACGUGUGCGGUCGCACCUUCCGUGCCGCCUCCACGUACCGGAACCACCUGGCGCUGCACCGCGGCGAGACCACUUGCCACAUCUGCGGUCGCGUGUUCGGCGAGAAGGGCUCCAAGAAGAUCCACGUGCGCAACAUACACGGCCAGGGGCGGCUGUGA